AUUCCCCAUUAACGUAAGCCAGUAUCAAAAAAUUGGUAAAACGGCGUAACCAUAAACUUAAAACUUAAGAUACGUUAAAAACUAAUAAUUACUGCACAAAAACGAACUGACGAAAGGGAUAUACCACGAAACCGUCUCAUUUUUUUCUAAAGUGUUGAAAAUGAAUACAAUAGCUAAUGUAAAAGCUCCCAAAAGAAAGUCCCAAACAAAUAAGCAUGCAAAUAAGCACUACAAACCACUGAACGUAGUAAAAAUUACCAAGAACAUUUCAAAAGAUAAAUCUAAAAUAAAAAGGUGUUCUUCUAAUGAGUUAGAACAACAUAUUUCUGAAGGAAAUACAUUAAAGAGUAGUCAUUCUUCGAAUAAUGUUAAUGGUUCAGAAAACAAAAACAAUACAAAUUCAAAAGAAAGUGAUGAAGACCUUUUUGAACAGGAUGAAGAUAAUUUUUUUACUUAUUUAGACUUCUAUACACAGUUUCUAGAACAACUAGAAAAAUAUGAAUCAAACAGUCUUCCAAAAAUUAAAAAUUCAAUUUCAAAAUCUGUACUUAGUCAAAUUGACCCUUGUUCUACAAAACAAGACGCAAAUAGAAAGAAAAGAAAGAGUUUCGAGAAGACAGACUGUGUAUACAAAGUUUUAAAGACAGAUAGUGAAACCGUUGGAAGUGCAGAUAAAAGUAAAGAUGAUUUCUGGAAUGGAACUGUUGAUAUUUGCUCUACGCAGUUAUUUAAAACUUCUCAACAUCAAGCUCAAGAGUAUGGACCUUUUUUUGGUUUGCCCACGAAAGUAAAUGAACUAAUACAACAUUACAAGGGAAUUGAAAGACUAUAUGAUUGGCAGGAGAAAUGUUUGAAUCUACCCGCUAUAAAAAAUCAUUCUAAUUUAGUGUAUGCCUUACCUAUUACUGCAGGGAAAACACUUGUUGCUGAAAUUCUUAUGCUACGAGAAAUAAUUUGUCGUAGAAAAAACGUUAUAUUUGUUUUGCCUUAUGCCACUCGUGUACAAGAGAAAGUUUGGGCAUUGUCACCAUUUGGCGUAGCUCUUGAUUUCUUAAUUGAAGAAUAUACUGCUGAUAAAGGCAUGUACCCACCAAAGAAAAGGCGAUAUAAGAAUUCAAUGUACAUUGUCACCACAGAAAAAGCUUUAGGACUGUUUGAUAGUUUAAUAGAAACGGGACGUUUAGAUGAAAUAGGACUUGUAGUUGUUGACAAACUUCAUUUAGUUGGGGAGCCAGGAGCAGGACCUACCCUUGAAACUUUUCUGACCAAAAUUAUGUACAUAAACGAAAUGAAACAUACAGACAUUCAAAUUGUUGGUAUAAGCACGAUUAUUGGAAAUUUAUCUGAUAUUUGUACAUUUUUAAAAGCUGAUUUAUAUAAAAGUGAUUUUCGACCAGUCAAACUCAUUGAAUACGUUAAAGUCGGUGAUGAAAUUGCCAAGAUUCACUGGGAUAAACGAGAUAAUGAGUUUCUCCAAGUUGUGAGAAAAGAAAAUUAUUCUUAUUCUAAAUUGCUAAAGGAAAUUGAUCCUGAAAGACUUGGAGGUCUUUCAUUGGAAGUAGUGCCACAUGAUUCUUGCUUGAUAUUUUGUUCAUCAAACAAAAACUGCCAAAAUGUGGCUCAUUUAUUAUGCCAAGUGGCUUUUGCUACUUUAAGAGAACAUAAGAAAAAGGAGAAAAAUGAUCUGAUAACUGCUUUAAAAAGCGAAGGAAACAAUAAUAUUUGUGAAAUUCUCAGAGUUAGUAUUAAGCAUGGAAUUGCUUAUUAUCACUCUGGACUAUUAUCAGAAGAACGAAGACUUCUAGAAGAUGCUUUUGGAGAAGGUGUUAUUUCUGUUAUCUGCUGUACUUUAGCUGCGGGUGUAAAUUUACCGGCAAAACGAGUGAUUUUGGCUGAGCCAUAUAUCGAUGGGGAAUUUAUAAAUUUAUCCCAUUAUAAGCAAAUGGUUGGCCAUGCUGGAAGGGUCGGUUUCAGGGAAGUGGGCGAAAGUAUACUUGUCUGUACAAAGGAAGAUCUAUCAAAAGUUAGGAAACUGUUACAAUUACCAAUGGAUAUAGCUUUGUCAAACAUGCAUGCUUGUGAAGGAAAAGGAUUAAGACAUUUAUUUCUAAGCUGCGUUGGAUUAGGUACAGCUACCAAUAGAAGCCAGUUGCAGCAAGUAGCAAGUAAGAGUCUUCUAGCUGUACAACAAGAUAAGCUCAAUGUAAAUAUGAAGAAUUUAACCGACAACGCUAUUUGUAGUCUUUUUAAAUUAGGCGCAUUGCAAACCAAUGCUCAGAAACAAUCCUCUUCUACUUCAACUUCAUCAUCUCAUAUUAGUUUAAGGAUGGAGACAUCGACUAUCGUGAACGAAUCAAAAAAUAAAAAUACAUUGGAAACCCAUUCUCAGAAGAAACCUACAAUCACUCUGACGAAUAAUACUAAACUAAUUAUAAGUGAACUGGGGAAAGCAGCAAUCAAAGGUUGUUUGGAGUUAUCAAAAGCUCAUCUCCUUUAUGCCGAUUUGACUCAAGCUCAAGAAAGUCUUGUUCUUUUAGAUCACUUACAUUUGUUGUACCUCGUUACUCCUUACGACCAAUGUGAACAAAUUAAACCGUCCAAUUCUUUAUAUUAUAAUUUGUUAAUGAGACUAGGAAAAAGUGAAAAGAAAACCGCAAAAGUUCUGGGAAUUACCGAAUCUUGUACUACGAAGUUGUUUACAAAUCAGCAGAUAAAGACUGUAUCAGAGAACGUUUUGACUAGAUUUUACGUUUCACUAAUGUUGUAUGAUUUAUGGAAUGGUAUGCCAGUAUUUGACGUAUCUGAGAAAUACCAGAUUGAUCGUGGAUUAAUUCAGAGUCUAAUGAUUUCAUCUGCGACAUUUGCAUCGAAUGUCGUUGGUUUUUGUGAUGAAAUUGAAGAGUUUUGGCCAUUUAGACAUUUACUUAAAAGUUUAAGUGAAAGGCUGUCUCACUGUUCUAUGAAAGAGUUGCUUCCUCUUAUGGAACUGCCAUCCGUUAAACAGUCUCGAGCCAAGCAACUUUAUAAUGCAGGAUAUAAAACACUUCAACUUGUUGCAAAAUCUGAUCCAAAUGAACUUGUCAAAAAUAUUCAAUUUAUGUCCAAAAAAGUUGCUAAUGAACUUAAUGCAGCUGCAAAGAUGGUUUUAUUGGAAAAAGUGGAAACCUUAAGAGACGAAGCUGAAAAUGUUUUACAUGGUGAAGAAUAAUUAACUAUUUCAUUAAUGUUCCAUUGACACUAUCAGUCAAGAAGACAAUAUUAGGAAUUAAGUAUAAAUCAUAUAUAUUUCAUUUGUGUUUUUUGUUACG